AUGGACCCUUCUCUUCUCUUCCCUUUACCACAAGCACAGAACACACUGUGUUCCACGCCGUAUCGAAGCCUCCACGUCGCGCACACUAGUCGGAGCAUCCACGUCAUCGGCACGCCUCCACGCCGUCUCCUGGUGGUUGUCGAGGAUUGUGAGCUUCUGGUCAUCGACCUCAGCCGCUUAGAGGACAGGGAUGAGACUGUGAGGGAAGAGUGCAAGUCGCACAUUGCUAGUGCUUCACAGGAUUGGAAAAUGGAGUUGCAGAUUCUGAAAAUGGAAAUUCCUCCGUUUGUGACAAUGCCAACAAAGAGAACGCGGAUUGGAACAAACCGCAGAAGUUUAGCUUUGGAGCCUCAUCAAUUGAAGAAGAAGAAGAAGAAGAAAGGAGGCAGUUACAAUUUGCGCAAGAGCUUGGCGUGGAAUCGAGCUUUCUUUACUAAAGAAGGUGUUUGGAAUCUAGAGGAGCUUUCUAUGAUUAGUGGCAUUGCCUCUUCUAAGUCAGGGUUGGAUUCGGAAGUCAAAGAUAUCAUUGAUGAGGUUUGA